AUGGCUGACCUGGAACACGACCACGCGCACGACCACUCGCAUGACCAUGCAAAUGACCAUCACCAUGAGGAUGUCGAUUCGGAUGAUGAAAUUCCGGCCCUUGAGGAGGCCCGGGAUGCUACCGAUGCCGAAAAAGGCAAGCACAACCGCUCGGAGAAGAAGUCACGCAAAGCCAUGCAAAAGCUUGGCAUGAAGCCCGUGGGUGGCAUCAUCCGUGUGACUAUCAAGAAAAACAAAAACAUGCUGUUUGUUAUCUCGAAGCCGGACGUGUUCAAGAGCACGGUGAGUGAAACGUACGUCAUCUUUGGCGAGGCCAAGAUUGAGGACCUGAACGCCCAAGCACAAUCGAUGGCUGCCCAGCAAUUCAAGGCCCCUUCAGAGGAGGUCCCGGUCGCUGAUACUUCUGCUCCCGUUGUGGAGGUUUUGAACGAUGACGACGACGAAAACGUCGACGACUCGGACAUUGACGCCAAGGACAUCCAGUUAGUCAUGAGCCAAGCUGGUGUGAGCAAGGGCAAGGCUGUGGCCGCCCUUCGCUCUAAUGACAAUGACAUUGUCAACGCCAUCAUGGAACUCACGAUGUAA